AUGGUUUGUAUACGAGCUCUGUCGAUCCUUCCGAGGCGGCUUCUAUCAAGUGCAGUCGAUGUGAACAAGGCUGUUCUCAAACUAGGUUCCUUACGCAUUCCUAUAAAAGAAGCCACUCGACCUGAAUUAGUACCGGCACGGUUCAGCGCAUUUGAGGUUCGAGCUCCCGAUGAAGCGUUGGGUCAUUUAAAAUGGUUACUGCAAAAAGAGAUUCUGGGACAAGACGUGUUUCUAAUUGGAAUUCCGGGUGCACUACGGUCUGACAUUGUACUACAAUAUCUUGAGUUAUGUAAUCGAGAAUACGAAUAUCUUGCAAUUACAAGGGAUACAACAGAGAGUGAUAUCAAACAGAGACGAGAGAUUCGUAGUGGUACUGCUUUUUACACCGACCUUUGUGCAGUUCGGGCUGCACUGCAUGGACGUAUCCUAGUAAUAGAUGGCGUGGAAAAAGCUGAGCGAAAUGUGUUGCCUAUUCUGAAUAACCUGUUGGAGAAUAGAGAAAUGCAGCUUGACGAUGGGCGUUUUCUCAUGCGACCUGACAAGUACGACAAGCUCACAAGUAAUUACACGGCAAGAGAACUCGGAGAUAUGGGCAUCGAACGUGUCUCUGAACGUUUUCAUGUGAUCGCACUUGGUCUACCCGUUCCGAGAUUCCAUGGCAAUUCUCUCGAUCCUCCCCUUAGAUCCCGUUUUCAGUGUCGCAACGUCACUGAACCUUCAUUUGAGGUGCGCUUUAUGACUUUUUUCCUCAUUAGUGCUUUGGUCUGCUCAGGCAGUAGGAUGUGGCGAUUACAGUCCAACAGACAAGGACAAAGCGUAGAAUUGUUGAUGAACUGCCGUUGA